CGCCUUCUAAAUCACAGUGCCUUUGUCUUUGCUUGGAAGGGAAAAUGGCAUCAACACGAUAUAAAUAGAGCAACAAGCCCGUCAGAUCUGUGAUAUUCUUCUGUAGCACAACCCCCGUCCCAGGAAUCUUGUGUGUGUUUGAGGUUUGAUUCCCAUCCCAGGAAAAGGCAGCGUGUGAUUCACAUUCUCACUGCCUCCAAGCCUUCUCUACCACACCUGCGAAGACCUAUCGCAACCGCAUUCCUGACCCGUCAUUUCUCGAGUGGCGUGAGACACAAGACAGACAUCAUGCCUGCCAGGAAGAGCCAGCCCCAGUCCCUCAAGGAGACCCAGCCCCCGAAGCAGGGCCAGUCCCCGAAGAAGGGCCAGUCCCCCAGGGAGACCCAACCCACCAAGCAGCGCCACCCCCCCAAGCAGUGGUCGAUGUACCGCGCCCUGCACGAGCAGGUGCAAUCGCUCCUCGCGGACGCGGGCCUGGGCCACUUCACCUUCCAUCCGCAUGACAUCGACGUCGGCAAGGCCCGGGACUACGACACGACGAUCAUGGGCCGAUUCGUCUGCCACAACCCCACCUGCCAGAGCGGCGGGUGGUCGAGCAAGGCCAUCGCCAUCAGGAUCCGCAUGUGGCGCGACGGCAAGUACAACGCGCGGGUCUACCACCAGCGCUGUCGGGGCUGCAAUGCCCUCAUCCGCCCGGUCGUCAACGCAUCCUCCUACGCCGAGCGCAUCGCCUACCGGCUCAAGAAAUGGAAUGGCAUCCAGAUGACCCCGCCCGCUUAUGGACGCGCGGCCAAGGCCCCCCAUGAGAAGGAGCUGGGCGAGAGCAGGAAGGUAGAUCACCGCGUUGUGGGCGAGCGCUCCCGCGGUGGGAAUGGGGAUGUCGAGGAGUUGUGUAAGUCCAUUGCGGCGUUGUGAUUGGGGAGUCAAGUGUUCCCUCAGGGGAUGAGAUCUGGUGAUGGUCCUUUUUAUGACGAUCCAUCACUAGUGCCAUAGUUUAACAUCAAUAAAGAAGAUUCUUUAACUCAAUCCAGAUUCGUGGAGCAUUAUCUGCAAACUUGAAUAGCUGCUUGGAAUUGCUGAUUGUUUC